CACACACGGAGGUGGGGAGGGGCCGAGUCAAAUUGGACAGUGACGCUCCUCCUCCAGUCCUCUUCCUCGAGUGCCUGCGGCUCUGACAGCGGUCGCAGUGAGUCUGUCCUGCACCUCAAUACCUAGCCCACCGUGCCUUCGAGGCGUCUGAUUGUCCCGGCUCGGGCUGGCAGCCGCAGCAAUGUUGAGCGCUGUGCUGGGAAGGGGGAGUUGCUCCUGUGUCAGGCGCAGGAGGAGUCUGUGCCCCACACUCCCUAGCAGCAGUGGCUGCUCUGCCUCUCCCCUCUGCCCCAGCCCUCUGAGAAUCCUCUCCUCACCUAGCAGCAGCAGAGGGGUGCAGGGAAGCUCUCUCCAGCCAGGUGCUAAUAAUGUGAAGCCGCUCGAAGGUGUGAAAAUUCUUGAUCUAACAAGGGUACUUGCAGGACCCUUUGCAACAAUGAAUUUAGGAGACCUAGGAGCAGAAGUUAUUAAAGUGGAAAGACCAGGAGUUGGUGAUGACACAAGAACCUGGGGGCCACCUUUUGUUGGAACAGAAAGCGUUUAUUUUCUCAGUGUAAAUCGAAAUAAAAAGAGUAUAGCUGUCAAUAUGAAAAAUCCAAAAGGAGCAAAGAUAAUCAGAGAGCUUGCAGCUGUGUCUGAUGUUUUUGUGGAAAAUUAUGUCCCUGGGAAACUGGCUGAAAUGGGCCUGGGGUAUGAAGACAUUAACAAGAUUGCUUCUCACAUUGUGUACUGUUCAAUAACAGGUUAUGGUCAGACUGGUCCAGCGUUUCAGCGAGCAGGUUAUGACUCUGUUGCAGCGGCUGUUUCUGGUCUUAUGCAUAUCACAGGGCCGGAGGAUGGUGGUCCAAUUAGGCCAGGAGUAGCCAUGACAGACCUUGCUACAGGGCUGUACACGUAUGGAGCAAUCAUGGCCGGCCUGCUUCAAAGAUAUAAAACUGGGAAGGGACUUCACAUUGACUGCAAUCUAUUGUCAUCUCAGGUUGCAUGUCUUACCCAUAUAGCAGCUAAUUACCUUAAUUGCAAAAUGGAAGCAAAGCGGUGGGGUACUGCUCACGGCAGUAUUGUUCCUUAUCAGGCUUUCAAAACUAAGGAUGGCUACCUGGUGGUGGGAGCUGGGAAUGAUCAGCAAUUUGUCACCGUGUGCAAGAUCCUGAAUUUGCUUGAAAUUAGUAAAGAUUCCAGAUAUAAAACUAACAAACUCCGAGUGCAGAACAGGAAAGAGCUUAUUGAAAUAUUAUCAGCCCGGUUUUCAGAAAAAAUGACCACCAAAUGGCUUGAACUCUUUGAAGGUAGUGGUGUUCCAUAUGGUCCAAUCAACAGUAUGCAGCAAGUAUUCUCGGAUCCUCAGGGCUUGCAUGUUGUUUUUUGCUCGGCGGAUAGUAAUAGGCAAUUUUUGCUGAAAGCUGAGUGUCAAGACAGGAAUCAAGUUGCAGUAAUCGAGCUCAGGCUACAAGGUACGGCACAAUGGACUUAUCAUGGAAAUGGAUCAUCCAACAGUAGGGAAGAUAGCUGUCCCAGGUUGAUUGUUUUUACCUGGUCUUAAUUAACAUCUUCAUUCAGCACUCGGAUACCACAGCCGUAGAUGCCAUAUAUGCAUCUAGUGAGAUGGAUGGAUACACAGAGAUCUGGAAGAGGAGUUAAAUAUGUUUAAGAAAAUGAAUGAUCAUUCUGAAUGGAGAGCACUACAGACCCUUUGAGGACAGAAAAAUAAUGGAAGAGAGAGGUUAGCUAUAAGGGAAAACCCAAAUCUCACUGGAUGGUACUGGGGCAGCCAAAUUAAACUAGUGAACAAAGUUGAGGAAGCCUUGGAAUCUGAUUUAAUCCUAAACUCUUCUGGUGAAGAACAUCAAUUCAUUUGCCACCAAAGCAGCAUUUUCUCUUGCUUUGUGUGGGCCACUGGGCAAUGUAUUUUUAAUGGCUACAUCGGGUAUAAUAUACACCAACCCCUAUUUGUUUUUAUAGCAUGAACUAUUGUCCAAAUCUGUCCAAUUAUGGUAUAUUUCAUAUAUGACUUUGAAAGCCCAAAUAACAACUUUCCUAACAUCUGCAUUAUCCAAGAUACAGUGUUGGCCUGUAAAAACUUGCCUUUUAUCACUAUUUUUUUAAAAUAGUUAAACAACAACAACAAAAACCUAAACCGGACAGACAGAAAUGUAUACAGUCCACUUUAUUAACCUUUUAAGGUAGAAACACUCAUGAGCAUAUCUGUUGGAUGAGCUUGGCAGGUCAGCUGUCCAAGCCUGACACCAUUGGUUUGAAAUUGGAGUUUUCGGUCUCCUAGAUGAGCUGCCUGUCAAGGUUGAUGAGCCCUACUUUCCCAACAAGAUUUAUUUUAAGGUGGUCUUUAUUUGCCUUGAACAUCUUUGUUAUAGGGCCUAAGUGGCAUGGUCAAAAUCUGGAAAGGUCAGUAGGGAUUCAUGCCAGGAAGGAUCACAAUUGUUGCCAUAUUUGUGCUACAAAUUCUCAUAGAGACAUUCACAGAAAAGAGUUGGCAAUUGGAUGUGGUCUUUGUGGAUCUGGAGAAGGUGUGCAAUUGUGUACCAGGAGAAUUAGUUGGGUGGAGUUUGCAACGGAGAAGCAUGCCAGAAGGAUAUGUAUGAUGAAGUGAAUACUGUAGUCAAACUAAAUGGGGCUACAGUAGAGAAUUUCCGGUAGACGCUGGCCUGCAACAGGUUCAACACUGAGCCCCAUUGUGUUUGCAGAUAUCAUGGAUGUGAUAAGUGAGAGUAUAUGAGGAGGGGCACCUUGAAACAUGCUGUUUGCUGAUGUAAUGCUAUAUGUUUGAAACUUUGAACAGUGGCAACUUAGUUUUGAGUGGGCUGGAGUUAGAGUGAAGGGAAACAGUCCUAUAUCAUGCAUUCUGGCACAGUCUUCUUUCAGUGUCUUGAGAUCAUUUAUAUGCGUUUGAAGGAUUGAUCCAGACUCAUUGCAGUAUUCCUUUUUGGUGCAGACUCAGCCUCUGUGGGCUAACCAAGUCACCUUACCUAUGGUUAAUCUUUUCCAUAAAACAGGACAAAAGCUCCUCCCACUUGAAUCUGGGGCUAUGUUCAGAGCAUCUACAAUGAUUAGCCAACCUUCUAUGUAGAACUAUCCCUUUUUCCUGUAUUUCUUCUCUUGUCAUUGUGGAUUACUAAUAUAUUGUGUGAAAAGAAGAGAAGAAUAUUUUUGUUCAUAAUCAGCCUGUUCCUACUGUCCAAUUCAUUCAUUGGUGUCAUAGUCUAGGACUGGUUACAUCACAGGUGCUUCCAUGAUACCAAAUUGUUAUAUCACAGUUACGGAAAAAUAAUGGACAUCUGGUUAAGGGACAGGAUGGGGAGUCAGGAAAUCUGGAUUGUCUUCUUUUUUGUGCCACAGACGACUUUGGGUCAAAAUAAUAACAUACUUAACGGGGGUGUUGUUGUGAGUCUUAAUUUAUUAACAUUUGAAAAACACUUUGCUGUCUUCAGAAGGAAGGUGAUACUGAAGUGUCAAGUGCUUUUUUGACUUAUUUAUUUUGCCCAGGAAAACAAGGCAGGAUGAUUAUAAAGGAAGAAAACUGCGAUGGGAUUUCCUUGUAUUGAAUCAACUUGCCAGAAACCUCAGACUGUUGUUAACUAUGCCGUCUUCUUUUCAAUCUUUUAGCGUUGGGAAAGGGGGGAAGGUUCAGUAGGACUAGAUACAUGGCAGAGACUGUUCAUUGAAAAGUGUUGUCCUGCAUUGAGGGAUUUUGCAGGAAAUUAAAGAAAUCUGGGCUACAAUACAUUGUUUCCUGCAGCCAGGAGAUCUCGCGCUACAGGAACAACAACAAAAUAAAACAUCCCAGCAAUUCUCUACAAGAACCCCUGCCUGAACUUCUGAUCCUGUCUGCUUUUCAUCACACAUUCUUGGUGUGCUUUUGUGUGUGCGCGUGUGCAUAGCUAAUGUUGAUUGAAAAAUUUUAAUUUCACUUCACUAUUUAUGGCACAUUGGAGACAAACAGCUUCACUAGCAUUACCGUUACCUCAUUCACCUUUUUUAGUCAUCGGCACGGACUGUUUAUGUCUUUUACAUUUGCAGAGCUGAUUUCAAUUUUGAGGAAUUCAGUACCAUUGCAGGAACUCCGCAGAAAUGAUGUAUGUCAUCUCACUUGGCUAUCCACAAAAUACGUUAAAAAAAAUCUUAAAAAUAUAUAUAAACAGUAGAUUGGUACUGAUUGCAAAACCAGAAAUGAGGAAGUGGGGAAGGUAAGGAAUAUGUUCUGAGUUUGGGGAUUAUUCAGAAAAGUAAAGGACUUUUUUUAAAAAAAUUUAAUUUGGAAUGUGAUGGCAUUUCUUUUAAAGUGAAGAAUAAAUAGCAAACCUCCUUACUCCUCCAGCAUGUUUUCUUAGCAUUUUAUAAAGUGAUCUCACACACACACACACACACACACACACACACAUACCUCUACCCCUACCCCUACCCCUAAUGGUAGAAUGGCCUGUGCACCUUAAUCAAUGCUUCCCCACUUACUAGGGAAGAAGAAGUAAGCUGCCUCUUACCUAGGGUGACCAGAUGUCCCGAUUUUUAUAGGGACAGUCCUGAUUUUGUGGGCUUUUUCUUAUAUAGGUACCUAUUACCUCCCACCGCAUGUUCUGAUUUUUUAAACUUGCUAUCUGGUCACUCUACUCUUACCCAUUGCUGUGACUUCCAUCCUCGGGGGCCAUCACACCUUUCCCUGAAUCCAGAUUGGCUGUGCAUGCAUCCUACGCAUCACUAUGGCAUGGACUGGAACUAGGAAUUUUGUGUUCCGCAGACAGCAGUUCUGUCAGCUGAGCCAGUAGUGAGUCUGCCCUUGUGUUAAGCUUGUCUCAGCUGGAAGUUGCUCUUUGCAGACCUUAGAGUUUUUACUGAAGUCUCUCUUUAGGUUAUAUGCAUAUGUGGCAGUCAAAGCAGUUAUUUUGUAGCACGUUUCUUUCUGCUUUUGAAGUCAAAAUGACAGACGGAUAUUUUCUUAAAACAAAAGAGAGCACUCCCACCUACUCUGUAUGAUACAGUACUGAGUAAAAUAAAACCUGUGAAUGAGUGUAACUCUGCAUAUUAUUUAGUCAGUGGUUUUAUUUCUAAGGAUGAAAAGAUUUUCUUUAUUUUUUUCUCCAUCUUCAGUGAGUUACUAUCUGACUUUCUUUGUUUUACACUAGAAACUUUUCCAAUGAUACAAAUAAACAAAAAUAUCACUUUUCUGCACUCAGUCAUACAUCUGAAUCAAACAAAAGAAACGGAAUUAUUUAGGCAACCAUUUUGUCUAAAGUGUUAUCCUCUCACCAGAGGUAACAUUUAUUGCAGCUGUCAUAUGUGUCUCUGGAAUUCAGUUUUAUUUAGGAACAAAAACCACUAUUUUUGUUGUUUUGCACAAAAUAGUCCCUCACCUCUGCCUGUUCAAAUAACUCAGAAAGCAUUUUCCUAUCCCCUUCCUCUGUGACCAAGCACAGCCAGGUGCUCACACAGCACAGGGUGUGUGAUUGUAAAGAUAUAUAUGUGUGCCUCGGGUGCAUUGUAAAACAGCCAAAUUACUUCAGCGCCCAUAAAUUGCAAGUAUAUCUUUAUGAUCUUUAAUAAUUAUUGGAUAAGAAAAGGAAUCCACUGUCAAUUCAAAAGUUUAGUUUAAUUAAAUGUCAGAAUAUGUUUUAAACAUUUAGACAAUUUUCCUUAAUCCCUAGAACACUGGGAUGACUGUACGAGUCCCCUUGCAUGCUCCCACCACAUGUCUUCCUAACAAACAAGCCCUUCCCCCAUUUUCAAAAGGAGCUUUCCACAGCCCUAUCCCAGGAGUGGAGUGAAUGGCUGGAUUUAAAUUGUUAAAAGUGAGCAUAUUUUCAUAGAUGUUAAGUCCAGAAGUGACGAUAAGAUCAUCUAGUCUGUCCUCUUGUAUAGAAUUUCAUCCAGUUACCCGCUGCACUGGGCCCAAUAACUUGUGUUUGACUAACACAUAGCUUACAAUAAGGCAUCCGCUCUUGAUUUGAAGACAUACAGAGAUGGGGAAUCCACUACUUCCCUGGGUAGUUUGGCCCAAUGGUUAAUCCCUCUCACUGUUAAAUAUGGCUACAUCUACACAGCAGAAAACAAAACCCUACAGCAGUCAGUCUGAGAGCCUGGAUCAAUUGACUUGGGCUUGUGGGGUGUGUGUAGACAUUUGGACUUGGGCUAGAGCCUGAGCUCUGAGACCCAGUGAGAGGGGAGGGCCUUUGAGCCUGGGUUCCAGCCCAAACUUGAACUUCUACACGUAUUUUUGGCCCCAUAGUGCAAGCCAAAGUCAGUUGAAUCAGGCUCUGAGACUCACUGGCAUGUUUGGUUGUUGGUUUUUUGGUUUUUUUUUGCUUUGUAGACAUACCCCAAGUGUGCCUUAUUUCUAAUUUGAAUUUGUUUUGCUUUAACUUUCAGCAAUUGGGAUUUGUAUGCUUUUCACCUCUGGAUUAAAGAGUUCUUUAGUAUGCAGUGUUUUCUCCCCAUGAACAAAAGCACUUCUUACUCUUCUUGUCAAAAAGCAAGAUAGAUUGAGCUUUUUAAGUCCUUUGGUGUAAGUGUAUGUGUGUUUGUAACUUAUAUAAAGUGCUCAUUUUACUGAUUAAAUCUUUAUAUUUCAUAUAAAGUGUGUGUGUGUGUAUAUUGU